AUGCUAUGCCUCCUCUUAGUGUGCAAAAAGACAUUAUUUCAGCAAAGAAUUAUCACACCAUCACCUCAGCUACACUUUUCCUUUCUCUCCGAAGCAACAAUAUCUAAUUUAAGAGGAACAUUUGAACAUUUAAAGCAAACACAAUAUCGAUAUGAUUUCCCCAGGGGGCAUCCACUAAACAGUCAAAUCCCAAGCAUAACAUAUAUAAAUGAUGGAUCCUUUGAACAACCUUUACAAGUUGGACACGUACCACAGUCAGUGACUCAAUUAUCAUUGACUGUUUUCAACCAGCCUCUUCAGGUUGGACACAUACCACAGUCAGUGACUCAAUUGUCACUCGUUAUGUUCAAUCAGCCUCUUCAGGUUGGACACAUACCACAGUCAGUGACUCAAUUGUCACUCGAAAUGUUCAAUCAGCCUCUUCAGGUUGGACACAUACCACAGUCAGUGACUCAAUUGUCACUCGGUAUGUUCAAUCAGCCUCUUCAGGUUGGACACAUACCACAGUCAGUGACUCAAUUAGUGUUCGAAUGCUUCAACCAACCUCUUCAAGUCGGACACAUCCCAGAGUCAGUGACCCAAUUAACACUUUAUGGACUCGACCAACCUCUUCAAUUUGGACACAUACCACAGUCAGUGACUCAAUUAGUGUUCGAUUGCUUCAACCAACCUCUUCAAGUCGGACACAUCCCACAGUCAGUGACCCAAUUAACACUUUAUGGACUCGAUCAACCUCUUCAGGUUGGACACAUACCACAGUCAGUGACUCAAUUGACACUCAAUAAGUUCAAUCAGCCUCUUCAGGUUGGACACAUACCACAGUCAGUGACUCAAUUGACACUCGAAAUGUUCAAUCAGCCUCUUCAGGUUGGACACAUACCACAUUCAGUGACUCAAUUGACACUCGAAAUGUUCAAUCAGCCUCUUCAGGUUGGACACAUACCACAGUCAGUGAUGCGGUUGAUCUUCGGUCCCCUCUUCAAUCAGCCUAUCACUACAAAGAACGUACCUUCAUUCACAUCACUAACUAUUCUAUGUGGGCUGUUCUCUCCAAAGAACUUGUGUUUGUCUGGCCACAAAUUUCUUAAUUCACUCUCUAUUGUCUAUAAGCACAAACAAUCUUUUCCACUCCAAAGUGACACCUUUACUAAGAUGAGAAAUCUUUCACAUUUAAUCAUCAAAGUCUUCGAAUAUCCUCCAAAAACAAUAGGCAGUGGUAUUUUUGGUGUGGCAAUUUCUUUUUUAAGGCAGACCCUAAAAACAAUUCCAACAAUAACUCUGCAAUUCAAAGGAGGACCUGAAAUCAUAUGGAGGCUCGUCAAUGAAAGAACUGCGCUGAUUGUGAUAUCGAAAGCGGACCACGAGGGAAUCAUAUCAUUUUGG